CGCCGCCGACGUUAGGAUGGCAGCGCCGCACGGUGGCCCGCUCUGAAAAGCAACCCGGGAUCCGAGCACUUUUUCCGGGGGGUUGAGGGGGGGGGGGCUUCAAAACAAAACAAAAACAAAAAAAAGGGGGAGACUAUCUCGACAGCCACUGGGACUUAUAAGACUGCUUUUUUAUUAUUAUUAUUUUUAUUAUUAUUAUUAUUUGAUCGGUUUUCGGGGAGCGACCGAUGAACUCUAUGAGGGAGCCUUUAAAUCUCGACCGCCAACCGCACCACACGUUUCCCGGGACUAAACUCGCUUCCGCCAUGGCGUCCGGUUUGCAGCCGCUGGUGCGAGCCCCCGCGGACUCCGGCAAGCACCGCAUGGACGCGCACGCGGUGUCGGACACUUCCAGUCCGGAAACCGGCGAGAAAGAGAAGAGCCAGAGCAAGAACGACGACUCGUCGGACGACCCGUCCAAGAAGAAGAGACAGCGGCGUCAGCGGACUCACUUCACCAGCCAGCAGCUGCAGGAGCUGGAGGCCACCUUCCAGCGCAACCGCUACCCGGACAUGAGCACGCGCGAGGAGAUCGCCGUGUGGACCAACCUCACCGAGGCCAGGGUUCGGGUGUGGUUCAAGAACCGUCGCGCCAAGUGGAGGAAACGCGAGCGCAACCAGCAGGCCGAGCUGUGCAAGAACGGCUUCGGCCCGCAGUUCAACGGACUCAUGCAGCCCUACGACGACAUGUACCCGGGAUACACGUACAACAACUGGGCCGCCAAGGGCCUGACGUCGGCCUCGCUGUCCACCAAGAGCUUCCCCUUCUUCAACUCCAUGAACGUCAACCCGCUGUCGUCGCAGGCCAUGUUCUCGCCGCCCAACUCCAUCUCGUCCAUGACGUCCGGCAUGGUGCCGUCGGCCGUGGCCGGCUCCAGCCUCAACGGCCUCAACAACCUGAACAACCUCAGCGGGCCGUCGCUCAACUCGGCCGUGGCGGCGCAGGCUUGUCCCUACGCGCCGCCCACGCCGCCCUACGUGUACCGGGACACUUGCAACUCCAGCCUGGCCAGCCUGAGACUCAAAGCCAAGCAGCACUCCAGCUUCGGCUACGCCGGCGUGCAGAGCCCCGCCGCGAACCUCAGCGCUUGCCAGUACGCCGUGGACAGGCCGGUGUGAGACGGGCGCCCGCCCCGCCCCACCCCGACGCCCACGCCCACGCCCACCCGCCGCAGAUUACACUAAAAAAACACACACACACACACACAGCACCACUUUGGGAAGGGGAUGUACAGAAAUGCAAAACAAAAAAAAACAAAAAAAGAAAAAAAGAAAAAAAACCAUGGUGGUCAUUUUGCAUCCAGAGGAACAACAGACUACUAUUACUAUUACUAUUCUAUUCUUUUUUUUUCUUCCAAAAAGGGCACUAAAAUCUGAACCACUGAAUUGUUUUUCCUUACGUGUUAUUCCCCUAUUCGUUGUCUAAAAAAAGUUGUGUGCGUAUAUAUAUAUAUAUAUAUAUAUAUAUAUAUAUAUAUAUACAAACCUCUCCAAAGCUAUGGGGUUCAAUUUAUUAACGCAUGCGUGGUGGGGAAUAAAUAUUAAGGAAUCAUGCAAACACGUUUAAAAAAAAAAAAAAAGGGAAUGUAAAUAUUAAAACGCACCGCAGUGGUGUGUUUCUAACAUAAUAUAAAAUUAUGACUAUUAUUAUUAUUAAUGUCUGUGUGAAUAUCGAUUUUAGACUAGCAAUCCUAGAGGAAGAAGAAAACUCAUUAAAAUGUUCCUGUAACUAUUUGGUACGGAUUCCCCCCCCCCCCCCCCCUAAAAAAAUGUGUUUUAUUUAAUGGAAGUAAAUAUAUUGU